UGCCCCUCGCUGUCCGCAAGCGGCCAGCCUGACCACCGGCUGGCGCGUCCACUGCGUCGCCACCCCGGUUGCCGACGCUGGCGCAGGCAACAGCCACGAAGAACCACCAAAAAGCGAAAUCACCGAGAUAUCAUUUUGACCACAGUCCUUCCACUGGAGAGAAAGAAGAAGGAAACAGAGAAAAAAAAAAACAAAAUGAACCGCCUCUUCGGCAGCUCGGCGCCCAAAGCGCCCAAGCCGACGCUCAGCUCGGCCAUCAGCAACCUCGACACGCGCAUCUCGUCGAUCGACGUCAAGCUGGCCUCGAUCAACGCGGAGAUGCAGGGGUACCAGGCGAAGCUGUCCAAGAUGCGGGAGGGGCCGGGCAAGGCGGCGCUGAAGCAGAAGGCGCUCAAGGUGCUGCAGCGGCGCAAGCAGUACGAGGCGCAGCGGGAGCAGCUGCAGGCGCAGGUGUGGAACAUGGAGCAGGCGCAGACGAUGCAGGACAACCUCAAGAACACGAUGGUGACCAUCGACGCGCUCAAGAGCACCAACAAGGCGCUGCGCAAGGAGUACGGCAAGGUCGACAUCGACAAGAUCGAGCGCCUGCAGGACGAGAUGGCCGACCUGCUCGACGUCGGCAACGAGAUCCAGGAGAGCCUGGCCCGCAGCUACGACGUGCCCGAGGACGUGGACGAGGCCGAGCUGGAUGCCGAGCUGGAGGCGCUCGGCCAGGAGGUCGAGCUGGAAAGGGAACUGGCCGGGGCCGGGGCCGAGGGCGCGCUGCCGAGUUUUAUGCAGGAUGAGGUCCCCGAGUUUAUUGACGAGCCGCCGGCUGCGGCGGGGAAGGUGAAGGAGGCUGCUGGCUGAAAGGGGUGGAGAUGGUGUAAGGGGGAACGAGCGGUGAGACUUGCCAUUCCAUAGAAUUACCAUGGUUGGCGUCUUCAUAAUAGCUACCUGUACAAAUCGCUGAGCGCCAGGCGCAUCUUGUAUCGUCUUCGCC